AUGACAGAUCCACCGGAAUUCAAACUGAGCCGCAAGGGAGGCGAAUACGUGGGGAAACGGAGCAAGUCGAUUUCCGGAUUUCCAUGUGCGACUUGGCUCAGCCACAACGAGAGCAGCGAAAUCCUCCUGCCAGGAUUUUCGGACGAAGUGGACGCGAGCCACAGAUUCUGCCGCAACCCGAAUGGCCAACCCCACGGUCCUUGGUGCUACGUCGACGCAGACGCCGGACCCGAAUGGGAAUAUUGCGACGUUCCUUUCUUCUCCGACGUCCAUGGGGAACGGUGUGACGUUCGAAUUGAAGGCCAUUGCGUUCACCCACGAGAAUGCAAGAUGGACGUAACAGGCCUGUCAUACACCGGAAGAAAGAACGUGACCAUAAAGGGGCACCAAUGCCAGCGAUGGAUGAGCAAUUUCCCAAACGAUCAACUUCUUUUCGGCACCGAAAAUCAAACUUUUCCCGACGACUUGCACCUACAACACAACUUCUGCCGGAAUCCGACCGGCGACGAGGGAGGUCCUUGGUGUUACAAAAGCAAUGGAAUCGGGCUGGAUUACUGCGACAUCCCGAUCUGCUAUUGA